AUGGGAUACGUCAUGAUUGGCUGGUCGAUAGGCGCUGUAGGAGGCCCUUUGGCCGGAGGCUUAUUGUACGAUUCGCUGGGCUAUCACUCGGUCUUCAUCUUUGCUCUGAUUCUAACUGGAUUAGAUUUCAUACUAAGAUUGAUGGUCCAAGACAAUCAGCCCGUGCAGGCCAACCAACUGAUGAACGGGGCUGAGGAGCCCGGCUCGAAAACCGGCCAGACAUCGCUUUCGGACGAGACGGCGAACGCGGUCGGACCCGCCACCGACAUCGGCGUGCUGGUCGACAUGGCAGCCGGAAAGAGCGAAGCAGUCGAUCCCCAGCGGAAAGUUAAAGACAUCAACCACGCCUUGCUCUCCCAAUCCUCGUAUCUAUCUUCGCCGCCGCCCAGAGCCUCCCGGGCCCUGCUAUCGUUAUUCUCCAGCUCCCGAUGCUGGACGCUGUUUUCCAUCAUCUUCGUUCUAGGGUUUUGUUUCGGAGGACUGUUAGACUCGGGGAUGACGCUUCUGGUGCAUGCACGAUACGGACUGAAUGCGAGAGGUGCCGCUCUGGUGUUCAUAGGGGCAGUCGUGCCGUCGUUUGCGUCGAGCCCACUGGCGGGCCACUUCGCGGACAAAUACGGAGCAAGGUGGCCCGUCGUCAUUUGCCUGAUCCUCGGCACCCCAUUCUUUGGUUUGAUCAGCAUGGAGGGCAGCCUUUCGACCUUUGUGGUCUGGAUCGCUUUGACCGGCCUGUUCAUCAUGGGUAUUGCUGCCCCCAUCAUGCAAGAUCUUGCUGAAGUAGUGAAAGUCACACCUGGACUAGGCUACGCACAUGUGUAUGGGAUCUUCAAUAUGAUAUACUCGACAGGCUCGUUAGUCGGGCCCUUAUGCGUUGGAGGGAUUUUGGAAAAGACUGGAGUCGAGCGAGGGUGGAAGAUUGUCAGUCUGAUCUGUACAGGUCUAUGCGCGGCAUCCAUCCUACCUGCGUGGCUCUUCAUCGGCAACAAGGGCACGAUAAGCACCGAGGUCGUCACCCCAGGUCUCCGGCCGACAAACUCAAGCAUCCCGUCUGACAAUUCCAACCAAAAUUCCCCGGUCUGA